CAAAAUUCAGCUAAAAUGUCAAUGGAAUCAUUAAGAGAUUGAAUCCUUCUUUUGAUUGAGAACAAACUCGCAAGCCGGUGAAGAUCUGGCUUCAACAGGACUACAUCAAAUAUGGUUUAGGCCCUCACCACUAAAUGGAGAAGCUAGAAUAGGAAGCUUGGUUCUCGGAUGUUCCUCCAUAUUCUUCUCUUUUCUCCCUUGAAUCCUCUAAAAACUGGUGUUCUCUUUUCCAUUUCCAUGUUCCUCAAGGGGGCCGAAAGUUCCCGAGAAAUCUGAGGAUCUUAUAUCAUUGAAGUUGACAAAGUUGGUGCAAGUUGCAGAACUGCCUGGUGACUUUAUUCUGCUUUGGCGCUGAUACAGGGUCAUUGAAGUGCUGCGAUAAUUCUCAGUUCUGUAGUGCUGAAGAUAAUACUUGUUUCUUGCUAGUUUCUUCCAAUGCCACAGCAGCUAAUCUUGUAGCUCCACGGCAGUGUGCUCUUCUGCUUCUACUCUUCUUUUUCACUCAAUCUUGCUACCUUUCUUCUUUCCUCCAUAAUUAAUAUUAUUGAGUAAUGAUUAUCACAAACAUUAGAAACCUAACUUUGAUUGAGCAUAUCUUGGCACAAUAAUAUCAAUACGAUUUCAUCCUAUCCUGACACAAACCAGGAGUUUUAGACAUUGCAUUCAUGAAGUUACUUGUGUCAUUUAAUGUGGAAAUUGUACUUCUGACCCAUGUUUUUUAAAUGGUGUAUUUGCAAAGCAAAUUAGUACACUAGCUGGCAAUCAAAUCCCGAGUUAUUUUGUGUGGGAAGUUAUUUUCACAAUGGCUAUCAUCGGAAUGGGACUCCUACUUUUUGCCCUCCUGAUUGGAAAUAUGCAAAACUUUUUGCAGUCUCUAGAUCGCAGGAGGUUAGAAAUGUCUCUGAGACGUCGUGACGUUGAACAAUGGAUGAGCCAUAGGCGCUUGCCAGAAGAACUGAGAAGGAGAGUUCGGGAGGCAGAGAGAUAUAAUUGGGCAGCUACCAGAGGGGUCAAUGAAGAAAUGCUACUAGAGAAUCUUCCUGAAGACCUUCUAAGAGAUAUACGGAGACAUCUUUUUAACUUCAUCAAAAAGGUUCGGAUAUUUGCACUUCUAGAUGAACCCAUCAUAGAUGCCAUCUGUGAGAGGUUAAGACAGAAAACAUACAUAGCAGGAAGCAAAGUUUUAUACCGUGGUGGUCUGGUUGACAAAAUGGUUUUCAUAAUCCGGGGUAAGAUGGAAAGUAUUGGAGAAGAUGGAAAUGUGGCCUCCUUGUCUGAAGGGGAUGCCUGCGGGGAAGAACUCCUCACAUGGUGCCUUGAGCACUCUUCGAUAAACAGAGAUGGGAAAAAGAUCAGAAUUCCAGGACAUAGAUUACUGAGCAAUAGACUUGUUAGGUGCCUAACAAAUGUUGAAGCAUUUAUAUUGCGAGCUGCAGAUCUUGAAGAAGUCACUAAUCUUUUCGCAAGAUUCUUGAGGAGUCCACGUGUUCAAGGUGCCAUAAGGUAUGAAUCGCCAUAUUGGCGAGGGCUAGCAGCAAGGCGGAUACAAGUUGCCUGGAGAUACAGGAAGAAACGACAAAGCAGAUCGGACUCUUCCAGCCCCCAACACUAGUAUCAUUCUUACACUGAAAUGGUUCAAGUAGACAAGUUUCAGCUGUUUGGUCAUCAAUUCAGUGCAGUUGGCUAUAAUACACUUCCCUUUUUUGGCACGACAGCUCAACUGUAGACCAAUAAAGGUAAUGCACGAGUAGUUAAUUUCUGAACAAAGUACUACAUAGACAAGUUUUAUCUCUAUUAUUGUUUUAGUCUAAGUAGUUGACAAUAAAAAUGGUAAUUAAAAGACAGGUGAGAACGUCCCCAUAUUUAUGGACUGGUGGCGCUGAACUAUCGGUACAAAGUUAUUUUCGGCAGAAUAUAUGGUGUAGGAGAGAGUUUUUCAGACUUAAAACAUUAAACCAUUUCAUUUUAAGCAAUUUGAUGUACCACUGGUUUUCUUCAUUUAAUUUCUGACGUUUUCUUCUAUCAAUCCAAGCGUUUG